AUGAAAACAACGAAGUACUCGGGAGCUGUUAAAGAUAUAUCGAUCAAAAACGACACGGAUUGUUGGCCGUAUCGAAAACAAUCAACAAUGGUGAAGCUCAGCCGGACGAGUGUUAAAAACCUAAACACAACGUCUCCGUCAUCUUUAAAGAUUAAAGAGACACAGGAUUCAGGUAAACACCAUGUUUUAGAAUGUGAAAACAUUAUACGCUCCUUUUCAAUAAAAUAAUUUGUUUAGAUAUCCACGCGUAAAAACGACAACCUGUUCCCGGUUGAUAUCGACAGGCUUGAACAAAAUUGCAUGCUGCACCCUAAGAACAAGUUGUCCACAAUAUUGUUACAGCAUUGUUACAAUUGAGCAAUGAUGUAACAACAUUGUUACAACUGACCAAUGAUGUAACAUCAUUGUUACAACUGAGCAAUGAUGUAACAACAUUGUUACAACUGACCAAUGAUGUAACAACAUUGUUACAACUGACCAAUGAUGCAACAACAUUGUUACAACUGACCAAUGAUGUAACAUUGUUACAACUGACCAAUGAUGUAACAACAUUGUAACAACUGAUCAAUGAUGUAACAACAUUAUUACAACUGACCAAUGAUGUAACAACAUUGUUACAACUGACCAAUGAUGUAACAACAUUGUUACAACUGACCAAUGAUGCAACAACAUUGUUACAACUGACUAAUGAUGUAACAUUGUUACAACUGACUAAUGAUGUAACAACAUUGUAACAACUGACCAAUGAUGUAACAACAUUGUUACAACUGACCAAUGAUGUAACAACAUUGUUACAACUGACCAAUGAUGCAACAACAUUGUUACAACUGACCAAUGAUGUAACAUUGUUACAACUGACCAAUGAUGUAACAACAUUGUUACAACUGACCAAUGAUGUAACAACAUUGUUGACAAUUCUGUGGGUGAAGCAACUGGAUAUCAACUGGAAACAGGUUGUUGGUUUGGAACGGAUAAAACUAUCCAGCAUAAAUAAAGUUAGUUUAGAUUAGUUUUUAUACUGUAUCAUUCCUGAGAUUAAUGCUUAGCAACUAUAACCUAACAUUACUUUUCCAAUUUCAUUUCAGAGUCAGAAAGCGGUGUAUUGAUUUAUAUUGCUUCACCAAAAGUAUUCCUGGUCGCGCUUGUUCUAUCUGUGAUACUGGUGUCGAUAUUAAUUGUGGAUUUCAACCUCUGCCACCGCAAGAAAGGAAUAAUGUAUUCAGUACUGAGCUGUAGAAAGGACAUGAAAGAUAACGCAUGCUCUGAUUGUGCUGAACGACAGAAGAAAGUCAUUGAAAUUGUUUAA